AUUAAUUCCUUAACCAUGGCUAGUCCUAAAAUCAUCAUACUUUCACCUCUAAUCUUUUUGUUUUUAUACAUUGCAAUUGCCAAUUCUGAGUCCAUUUCUCUAUCUCCUUCUCCUUCCGUGUCUUAUUCACCUUCGCGUGCUACUCCUUCCUACUCUCCAAGAAUUAGAAUAGCCCCUGCUCCACCUACUUCUCCUACUUACCCUGGAAUGCCUGCUUCUCCUACUUACCCUGCAACGCCUGCUUCUCCGGCGUAUCCAAUAGCUCCGCCAGCCUGGUCUCCGGCUCCGGCUCCGUCUGCUAUACCUACUUCUCCUACUUACCCUGGAAUGCCUGCUUCUCCUACUUACCCUGCAACGCCUGCUUCUCCGUCGGAUCCAAUAGCUCAGUCAGCCUGGUCUCCGGCUCCGUCUGCUACACCUACUUCUCCUACUUACCCUGGAAUGCCUGCUUCUCCUACUUACCCUGCAACGCCUGCUUCUCCGUCGGAUCCAAUAGCUCAGUCAGCCUGGUCUCCGGCUCCGUCUGCUACACCUACUUCUCCUACUUACCCUGGAAUCUCUGUCCAGCCUGUGUCUCCGCGCUUCCGGCUCGUCUGCUAUACCUUACUUCUUCCUACUUACCCUGGAAUUGCUGCUCUUUCAGUUCAGCCUGGUCUUUCCGGCCUUCCGUUCCUGCCUACUUACCCUGCAACGCCUGCUUCUCCGUCGGAUCCAAUAGCUCAGUCAGCCUGGUCUCCGGCUCCGUCUGCUACACCUACUUCUCCUACUUACCCUGGAAUGCCUGCUUCUCCUACUUACCCUGCAACGCCUGCUUCUCCGGCGGAUCCAAUAGCUCCGCCAGCCUGGUCUCCGCCUUCGUAUCCUCCUUCAGCUACUCCAACUUCUCCUUCUUACCCUGCAACCCCUACUUAUCCGGCUAAGCCGCCAACCCCUAGUGCUAAUACCCCGCCAGGACCAGCACAGCCGCCGUUCUCGGUGGUUUAUUACGGUCAAGGAAUCAAAGCAGCCUACUGGCCUUCAUUCAAUGGACUUGUACCAUCAAAUAUUGACACGUCAUAUUUCACUCAUAUUUACUAUGCUUUUCUUUUACUUGAUUCUUCCACCUUCAAGGUUAAUAUUACACCUCUCGAUCAACAAACUAUACCUGACUUCAUUAACACGCUUCGUGCUAAAAACCCUAAUAUCAAAACUCUGUUUUCCAUUGGAGGUGCUGAUGAAAACCAAACAAAAUAUUUUUCAAUAAUGUCAAGUAACAAUCAAACGAGAGCAGUUUUCAUCAACUCAACCAUUGAAGUUGCUAGGAAUUAUGGAUUUGACGGUCUUGAUCUUGACUGGGAAUCUCCUGCUAAUAAUCAGGAAAUGGUAAAUCUUGCUUUUCUACUUCAAGAAUGGAGAGAGGCUAUAGAUUAUGAAGCUAGAACUAGUGGAAAACUGCCUCUCUUGCUUUCAGCUGCAGUUUAUUAUGCUUCAGAAUUUACUAACUAUGGAGAAAAUAGGUCUUACCCUGUUCAAGCUAUAAAUAAUUUUCUUGAUUGGAUUAAUCCUAUGUGUUAUGAUUAUCAUGGAUCAUGGGAAAAUUUCACUGGCCCAAAUUCAGCUUUAUAUGAUAAUAAUAGUAUUCUAAGUACUAGUUACGGUAUCGGUUCAUGGAUCGGAUCCGGCGUGUUGAGGGAAAAGAUUGUGAUGGGAGUGCCUUUGUACGGGCGGACAUGGAAGCUCAGAGAUCCAAACGUUAAUGGGGUUGGAGCAGUAGCUGUAGGUGUUGGACCAGGAGAUGGCGUUUUAGGUUAUAGUGAGAUUAUAGAUUUUAAUAAUGAAAACGAGGGAGUAGUUCAUUUUGAUGGUGAAGCAGUGUUUUAUUAUUCUGUUGCUGGAGAUUCUUGGAUCGGGUAUGAUGAUACUAUGUCCGUGGAUCGCAAGAUCCGGUUUGCUCGGUCACAGGGCUUAGGCGGAUAUUUCUUUUGGGCUUUGGGCCAAGACAAGAACUGGACUCUUCCAAAACAAGCUUUAAAAGCAUGGGACCAUUAUUCAAUUUGGUGAGAAUCAUUUGAGACGCGAAGGAUGAAACAAUUUCAAUUUUUUUUUUUUUUUUGAUUAUCAACCUGUAUUAUCAUUAUUUGUAUUUAUUAUAUAAUUUAUUUCUUGAAUGCAAGUUUUAUCUU